AUGGCCGUCAACAACCUCUCCAUUGUUCUCGCCGAACGGCCCACCGGUGACAUCGUUCCUGGCACCACCUUCAAGCACAAGAUCUCUCCUGCUCCCACCUCAGCCGACAUCAAGGAUGGAGAGAUUCUUGUCGAGGCUCUUUACCUCUCUCUGGACCCGGCGAUGCGAGGCUGGCUGAAUGACGUCCGAUCUUAUGUGCCCCCUGUCCAGAUCGGCGAGACCAUGCGUGGUGCUUCCGUGUGCCGCGUCCUUGCUUCCAAGAGCAAGCAGGCCACCGCUGGCGACUACGUCUGCGGCUUCACUGGCUGGACUCAGUAUGCCGUCCUCCGCGAGGGUGCUUUCGAGCCCUCUUCCAACUACCCCGGCCUGAGGGAGCCCAAGGACAUGCUGUCAGUCCUCGGCAUGACUGGCCUCACUGCUUGGAUCGGCAUGACCAAGAUUGGAGAGCCCAAGGCUGGCGAGACUGUUGUCGUUUCCGGUGCCGCUGGUGCAACCGGCAGCAUUGCCGGCCAGAUCGCCAAGAUCAACGGCGCCCGUGUUAUCGGCAUUGCUGGCAGCGCUGAUAAGUGCAAGUGGUUGGUUGAGGAGCUCGGCUUCGACGUUGCCCUGAACUACAAGGACGCCGACUUCAAGGAGAAGUUCAAGGAGGCCACCCCCAAGUACAUUGACGUCUACUUCGACAAUGUUGGUGGUGAAAUCCUCAACAUGUGCCUUGCCCGCGCAAAGGAGCACGCCCGCUUCGUCAUGUGCGGUGGCAUCAGCCAGUACAACAGCGCCAACCCCGAGGGCCCCAGCAACAUCUCCAGAGUCAUCACCAUGCGCAUCAAGAUGCAGGGCUUCAUCGUCUUUGACCACAUCAAGGACUACGGCAAGGCUCGCCAGGAGCUUUCCCAGUGGGUUUCCGAGGGCAAGAUCAAGAAGACGGAGCACAUUCUCCCCGGCGGCCUCCAGGUUGCUGAGCAGGGACUGGUUGACCUGUACAAGGGCUCCAACACCGGAAAGCUGCUGGUCGAGGUCAAGAACCCCAAGGAGAACCCCUCCAAAUUGUAA